UUAGUCGUGCUGCAACUGCGCCUAGCCAUAUAGCGGGCCCUCACAAGACCUUUCCUUGCCGCGACUGCGCGAGCCUUAUCUCACUAUCCCCGGACUUGGCCAGCCCGCAAAAAGCUCUUACAAUCAGCAACGAUGACCAGCCUUAUGGCCCGUCAACUCACAGGCUCCGCGACCUCGUGCUCCUACCGCAGCCCAGUUCCGGGCUUCGCGCGGUCGUCGCGGCGCCGGGCUGUGCAGGUCUUUGCCGUGAAUUAUGACCCGGAGAAGCUCUUCAGCACUCCGCCUCAGGAGGGCAUUAUUAACCGCCGCCUGACCCAGCGCAUGUUGGAAAAGAACAAGGAAUUCGCGGCUGAGAUCAUGCGGACCAAGGACGAAGUCCGCAAAGCGGUGCUCAUCCGUCGGGAGGCGCGUGUUCCUCCGUCGGACGUGAACGAGCUGAUUGAGUUCAUGUUAAACACGGACGCCGAGGACAUGGAGUUCGAGGUGGCCCGCUGCCGGCCCAAGUUCACGCCCGCCUUCUUCAAGCAGCUGGACUCGCUGGUGGGCGCCGAGCGCUUCAGCGCCAAGCCAGACCAGGAGCGUCUUGCGGAGCUGGAGACGCUGCGCACCUACCUGGAGGAGGCGUGUGAGGCGGUGGACAAGGCGGUUGCGGCCACGGCCACGGCGGCGGAGCGGCUCAAGAAGCUGCUCACCAGCAAGGACAAGAAGCAGUGCAUCCUGGACAUGGCCGCCGCCAACGAGAUUGACGUGGCGCUGGUGGACCUGCUGGCGGAGAACAUCGAGGCCGCCAAGAAGGCCGAGCAGGUGCAGGCGGCGGAGUUCAUGGAGAAGGUCAAGGUGGCCGUCAGCAAGUACGUGGUGACCGUGGUGUAAGAGGAGAGGAGGAUGGAGAGGGGAAGGAGAGGGAAGUGUGGACAGGGAGGUUUGCGGGUGGCUGGCUGGCUGGCUGGCUGGCUGGCUGGCUGGCUGGCUGGCUGGCUGGCUGGCUGGCUGAUAAGGCUUUGGAUUUUGGUUGCUUUUUGUGGGAGCGGUGUGGGGAUGGUGGGCUCCUCGGGCAUUGGGAGGGGGGGCGGGGGGCGAAUUGAGGGGGAUGCUUCUUGAUGCCUGGAUCUGAAAAGCUUACGGGUCAACGAUAAUGUUUCGGGUCACGCAAUAAAAUGCUUUUCGGGCGCAAGGCGGUCCUGUGGUCCCGGGGUUAGAACUGUGAUGUGGUGACGUGGUGAUGUGGGUCAGAGAGCGGGCGAUUCGACUAUAAACUGUGAAGGAUGUAAAUGGUGACAUUGCUACGUGCGGUGCGCUGGGCGCGGCGUCGGAAGAGUCAUUGAAAUUGUGGUGACAAGCUGCAUGAAGGCUGGUAGCCUGCUGUAAAUGCCCGAUCCU